AUGUUUCGACUCUUGCUUAAACAAAGAAUGUCCACGAAAGCUUCACCAUUUAAAGCAAAAGUAACUGCAGUUGAGUCCUUGACACAAGGGAAAUGGAUACAAACUCGUAAAAUCAAAUACAAUGACCCCAAUGGGAAUCUGAGGGAAUGGGAAAUGGCCGUUAGAACUACUAGAUCAGACACAACCAAUAUUGAUGCUGUUUCUAUUGUAUCGAUCUUGCACCAUACUGAUAAGCCUAAGGAAAUCGUAUUGGUGCAGCAAUUUCGCCCACCGACUGAAAGAGUGGUGAUUGAGUUGCCAGCUGGGUUAAUUGAUCCAAAUGAAAGCGUUGAAACAACAGCCGUUAGGGAAUUGCAAGAGGAAACGGGCUACCAUGGUGAAUUUCGUAAACAAUCACCUGUAAUAUAUAGUGACCCAGGUUUAACAAACGCAAAUAUGGUGUUGGCAUAUGUCGACAUUGAUUUGCAAAACCCAAAGAAUUGCGAUCCAAAGCCAAAACUAGAAGAGUCUGAAUUCAUAACUACGUUCAGCUUGCCUUUGAACAAUUUGCGUAAAAGUUUAGAUGAAAUAGCACAACGGGAAAAUUGCACUGUAGAUGCCAGAUUGUACCAUUUCGCAAUGGGCUUAGAGUUGGCAAAGACCCAAUUAUAG